ACUGUUCUGAUUGCCACAAGAUGGCAGACUUCAGAGGGCACGGUAUUGCUAGCUAAAAAGGAGAUAACCGGAUUUAUAUUAACAUCUCAAUUACAUCUUUUCUUUUCUCGGCAAGAAAAGACGGAAUAUUAACUGAAUAUUGUAAUAUUCAUUCUAUUCUUGCAAUAUAAUUAAUGUGUGAUACUUAUGAGCCAUGGGAACACGUCAGUAUUACCACUAGUUCACAUUACCUUCUGUAACUGACACUAUUUGUUAUCAACUGACUGCAAGCUAAUCAUUAUUACAUUCAAAAGUACUAUGUGCUUGUCCUCAGGUCGUACAGCCGGUCGUACCUGGAGAGUAGGAAGCGAGGUAAGUACACAUUCUGACUUUGCAGUUCCGCCUUCUCUUUCUCCUCCUUCUACCAGACUUUACAACUCAGUGCUACCGUCUACUCUCCGCAUGCCUGCCCGGUUCACCCAUACAGCAUCAGCCUUGUUUUUCCGGCACCACGGUGAAAAAAAGUACCACACUAGUGCUUCAUCAGGCAACACUUACAUCACUGUAAAGUUACAAUGUGCUCGAUGCCACACCCCCACUGUGGCAUGUGGACUGUUUGCAGAUCGUACUGAAAUAGAGUCAGAGCAAGGAGGAAGGAAAACCUUUCAAGGUCUGUCCAGACUCUGCCGUCUCUGCAGACUACAGCCUGUCCUGUCCGGACCAGAGGGGACUAGGGCUGAGCACUGAACAUCAUGGCCACCGACCAGGAGCCCACGUUCACUGUGAAGCUGCUGCAGCUGCUGCUGCUCUCUACCUACUGGGGAAUGCAAAUCUGGGUCACCUUUAUUUCAAGCUUUGUCAUGGACAACCACCUGAGUAGACACACGUAUGGAUUCAUUCAGAGUCGUCUUGUGCCAUUUUACCUCCACCUGGGUUCAGCUUGUGCGUUCUUCAACCUCACCAUCUAUGCUGUGUAUCAUCCCUCUGAGCUGCUGGAUGAGAGAGAGGCCUUUCAGAUCUUCAUCUUCUUCGUGUCAGUAAUGGUGGCAGCAGUCAACGCUCAGUGGUUUGGUCAGAUAGCCUCGGACAUCAUGGCCGACAUGCACCUCAUCGAGCAGGCGUGCGGUCUGGGUCAGGACAUCGGCCAGUCGUCCAACCGCGAAGCGUACGCCAAGCUGUGUGAGACGGACGCCAAAUACAGACAGCUGAGCAGCCGUCUGUGGCUCUACAGACUGCUGUCCUCCCUCUGUAACCUGUGCUGCAUCGGCUGUAACUUUUACAGCCUGUGUUACAUGGCUGAAAACCUGGUCACUCUGUAGAAGCUGGCACACAUCAGCUGGACUGAGGGAAAAACAACAACUCCCCCCCUUUUUAAGGUCACGCAGUAAGUGAUAUUUACUAUUCUGUGUCUUUCUUUACUUGUUCCAUCAGUCAAAUGAUCAACAUUUAAAGUUCUCAGGUCCAGACAGAGAUGUGUUUGUAGUGUUGAUGCCAGUGUGUACUUGGACUGUGUCAUUCUGGUGCUUCGUCGUUUCUUUUCACUUUUGCCAAAUUGAUUUUUCAACCAACGUUACUGAAUGUUUUAUCAAAACUUUAGAGGAAACAUUUAAAGCUGCAUUGUUUGUUUGUGAAGCAACAACAUGUGUUGCUUUGGUUUCCCUGAGGAACCUGCACCCAGGUGCACAGUCCUGCUCUCCCUGUUUGGGUGGAGUGUAAAUUAUACACAGUGUGUGUCACCUCACAGGUUGUUCAGGAUUAGCUCACGUUAGCUGUGACUUUUCAGAAUGAUGAUUUGUGCUAACGUUUCUCCCCUGACUUGCUGCUAUGAAGAAGGGUUCUGGCAUUCAUCCUAAUGGUGCCUUGCAAGAGUGAAUUACAGGAUGGACAAUAGCUUCUUAAAUGUUCUUCCCAAUUUAGUUGUGUAUGAUAUUAAAUAUUAGGAAAUACUGAUUCUGACGCUAAAAGUCGAUAGUGAAAUUACAGUGUUUCCCCCUGGGUUUACGGCAGUGGCGUACGUAAACCAGUGGCGGCAGAGCUAUUCUGGCUACUACAAGUAGCACAGAUAACCGUGGCCUCGCCAGAAUCACUUUAAUGUGCUUCAAAAACAUGGCUAUUUUCGCCUGUUUUUCAGGCAGUGUGGAUCGACACGACAUAUUGUCCUCUUUGUGUGUUUGUUUGUUUGUGUGAGCUCUGCCAGUUAAAUCAGUAACAUUAUUUAUUAAAAGAAUAUGGUCCAGGCGUGUUCUACAGUAAAAGUAACUUGAAACGGCUGUUGUGAUUUGGUGAUAUAAAUGAAUUUAACUUGUCUUUCGGGGGGGCGUGCCCUGCAAUACAGUGGUAGGGGGUGUUGUAGCUAUUCUAACGUGUAGCAGUAUUGUGUACAUUACUGUGUCCUCCUUUAAAAAUUGAUGCUGUAUCCAAAGAUAAAGUGGUUUUAAAUUUUAAUAUUGUGAGAUCCCUGGUUCACAUGAUGGUAACGUCUAAGAUUAUUUCUAUGCCCACCAUGAGCAGUAGAACCUGUAACCUUUUACCGUACAAAAGUGUGUAAGUACGCAUCGGCAAGAAGCAGACAGUGACGCUUUUCUUUGUGGUAUUGAUGAUCUGAAUGACGUGGUUGUCUUUGUUCACUAAUUUUGAUUUCAGGCCCUUCCUCAAAUCCAGAGAAAAAAUGUUGAUAUUUAUUGAUGAAGAAUUUGAAGCAAAGCUCAUUUGUUGUUUGGCUGUGAUGAUGAUGAAUUCAACACCAUGGGCUCUGAUUAAAAUUUGUUCUUUCUUCACUUCUACCCUUUACUUUGAGCUACGGAAAAUCGUAAUUGAAUCUGCCGUCAUGUCUGUGUUUCAUGUCGAAUCCUGUUACUUUUUUCAUCCACCGACUCCACCUCGUUGCUGAUUUUUCUGCUGUCACUCCCUGUUUUAGUUGGCCAACACAAGGGAAACAUUAGCUGUUGAUGCCAACAGGACAUUUGUACAGAGCAGAGUGUGGAUGAUGAAACUCUUAUCUUUCUUCUUGUGCACACCGGAGUGGUAAAGGUGCUCACCGCUAACAAGCUACAACAAUGCAAUAAUUGUUGUUUUAAUUUCUACCGGUUGUUGUUUUUGUAUGCUGCCUAAAACCAGGUCAUGGCACGACAGUUCGUACGUACUUGUGAUUUUUCUCUUUGUUGUCUAGAUGUUUAUGAUUGUCACUCUUUGGUGAGACAGAUAACUGUUCUGAGCUCUUAAAAAAUUGCUGAGUCCUUGCUUUAUGUUUAUUAAAUGUCAAUAUUGGUGA